AUGCAACUCGAAACUACCACCACAACCACAUGGACGAGGUCACGUGAUGGAGCCGACCGGCCAGCAUGGCAUGCACAACCAGCAGACGGCCACGUUUUCCAACUCGAGAACUCGCAAAGCAACUGGGAAACGUCGGACAUGACCCUGUCUCCGAUUGCAGCGGCGACGCUCCAGGCGACUGGCCUGUCGACAGCGUCCAACAUAUGCGCCCAAUUCAUCGACGGGUACCAGGAGCAGCGCCCCUUCUCCCUGGACCCCCUGCAGCUGCUGCGGUUCAUCCUGCUGACGCUGCUGACCACGCCGCCAAACUACCACUGGCAGCAGUUCCUCGAGAGGCGAUUCCCAGGGUACACGCCGACCCGGCAGCCCUACGAGGCGGUCGAGCUGCAGAUUGUCGAAGAAGGCGGCGACGCGCGGCGGGCGCCGGAAACAUUCAGCUACCGCAACACGCUGGCAAAGUGGUUCAUUGACUGCAUGACGGUGGGCGCCGUCCUCAACACGGUCGCCUUCCUCGUCAUCAUGGGCGUUUUAAAGGCCCGCUCGCCAGGUAGUAUAUGGCGGAGCGUCGUGGACGACACGAUCCCCAUUAUUGUCGCCGGGUACAGGAUCUGGCCGCUGGCGUCGAUUGUGAGCUUCAGCGUGAUUCCCGUCUCCAAGAGGAUCGUGUUUCUCAGCUUCGUCGGCUUCCUGUGGGGGGUGUACAUGAGUCUCGUGGCGGCUCGGGUGUGA